AGCGUUCCUACCCGUCAUUGUGUGGAGCCGGUGUAUCAACACGUACCUUACCGUCCUCAAUACACGCUGGUAACAGUAGUUGGGACUUUAACAGACAUAUGCCUGAUCAAAUACCACCGACAUAGAUAGCGAUACACAAGACACAGAUUUAAUGUCGGAACCCUUCUCGACGUAUACGGGACUCUUCGGAAGUUAUUUUAUAAAAUGGAAGAGCGAAUAGUGUCUUUUCCGACUCUUCUACAAUACCUGUGUGUACUUGAAGAUAGACGGGUAGUUUUACUUACAGGAUGAGGAACUCGACACCACCUUCUCCAUUAUUGGACAAAACGGAUGUGUUUAUAACUGUGGCUGUUUUUUAACUGUUUAUUUAUUCACUGAGUGAGAUAACAUAACGUCAGGAUGGCUACGAUAGACAAAAAGAAAACUUUCGACUUUCGAAUGUCGAAAAAAGUCGCGGAAUUGACUCAGGUCGUUCAUAUGCUUUUCACAAGGAACCAUGAGAAAGAGGUUGAGAUAGAAGCGAUAAAGGACGCGUAUGAGUUUGAAUUAUCGUUAGUAUUGGAGGACGCCGAGGGUAGAAUAGCUUCAUUGGAUCAGAAACGGAAAGAUCUGGAGGCGUUGUUAGAUAAGGAACGGUUAGCGGGUAGAGAGCGAGUAAAAGAGGCCAUCCAAGAACAAGCCGACGCAAGGGAGGAACAGUGGAAACAACAAAUUCAAGUUCUAGAAAAACAGUUGUCCGAGGAAAAAUCGGACAGUCAGAAUUUACGAGACUUGUUGAUAAAUGCCCAGAAAGACAUCGAAAAAUUAAGGGAAGGAGUUGCGGAACAGCUGAAAAUCAAAAAUGAGGAGAUUCAAAGCAAAAACAGAGAACUUGAGAGGUUACGGCGGUUGUUAGCCGAGCUCGAGAAAAGUUCAUCGGAUAAAGAGGUCCAGUAUCAAGAGGCAAUAAAAGAGCUGGAAAGGACCAAUGAGAAACUGGAGCGAGAGUUAGCUCAGCUCCAGGCUCUACUUGAGGAAACACAUAGAAAUAAGAUUCAGUUGGAGGCGAAAAAUGUGAAAUUAGAGACAGAUUUGAAAAAUCUGAAGAAAGACUUCGGUAGGAAGGUAGCAGAGGUUGUAGCAACUCAACAACGGCAGCAAAAUCAACAACAGAACAAUUUGCCUCCUCCACGGAGUGCGACCAACUUCACCCAGGACAAAAAUUGCUCAAAAAAUCACCAGGUAAAUCUUCUGAUUACCCGAAUGAAUAUAGAACCAAUAUCGGAUGAUGUAAAGCAAGAUUAUAACGACGAAGUAGAGAAGCUCCGAAAAGAAGUACAAAGAUACCGAAUGGAACUGUCUAAUCGUGACGGAAACUUUAACCGGAUGUUCAGCAAUAGUCAGCCGAUGGUUGUUGAUCCCAGAGCAGGGAAAAUAGGGGUCAGUCAAAACCAGAUCCUGUCUGGAAACUCCGCCACAUACACGGAGACGAUAGGACUGCCGGUCAGGGAAAAGUCAUUCUCGUAUGCAUUUGUACAAUCAAUUGAUGACAAGCAAAGGCCGGCGAGCUCCCGUAUUUCCUCGGCUACAGCGAGACUCCCUUCACUGACACAGGAGCAAAGGUCAAGGUUGACCAAACUGAUGAAACCACGCCCUCUUCCCAAAGAGAUGCUCUACGGCAAAUGACAUGAGGAGAAGCCAGGCUCAGACGCAAUGUAAACAGACAAAUGGACGUAAAUAAGUGCCAAUAUAUUCAAACUGGACGAUCGAAACAGAACAUUGAUUUUUUUCUGUGUGAAAUGUAUUUUAUUUUUGCUUUCUGUCCUAUUGGAAUGUUUGAAUGAUGGUAGCUGAAAUUUAUGGCCGUAUCCAUUGGGUAGGUGAUGUAUUGAUUUUUGCCGUACUGUAUGAGGCAAUGAUAAUGCAUUGACGACAACACUUCUAUCGAAUGUGUACCUGUUGACAAGACUAUCCUCAACCUGUUGUGUUAACUGGUUUCUCCAAUUAUAUAAUGGAAACCGCGAAUGAUAAUGCUAAUUUGCUUUGCAAAGCAGCAAUCUAUGGCCAGGAAGGAUUGCCACAGGUUGAGGGCAAGGUAGGGACAAAAGUAAUGUCGAGUCUGGCUUCGUGUACUGGUAGUCCAGUGUGUCAUAUAUAUGUUCAAAUGAUGAUCGUUAAUAUGAGAGCUCAAUCUUGUCAUAUAGGAAGAAUUAGAAACAUGAUAUUAACUUCAAGACUAAAUCAUCAUGUUUCUCUUAUUUAAUCGCAAAAUUGAUUAUGAUUUGUAUGAUAUCGUAUGAAAUAUAUGUACUAAUUGUUUUAUGAUUGUAGAAUUUAUAUAUACUUGAUAUAACACAUUUUAACUUUCAAAAUGAGACAUGAGAAUAAAUGCUAUAAUGAUAAAUUUUCGUCCUAUUUUCUCGGGUUGAUAAAAUCCGAUAUCGAAACUAUCAAAAUGCUAUAAUUGUAAAUUGUUGAAAACCUUGUAUAACGUCAUUGAUAGUAGUAGAUGGGUCGGGGAACGUUAAAAGAUUAGUUAGUAAAAUAUGAUACGUGUGAUGUUCUAGUGUAAGUUAAUCACGUUCCAUAUAUUCAUGAGUCAUUUGUUUCGUGGUUUCCAUGGAUAUCGCGAUCUGUUGAUGCUUGUGAUUUUGAGGUAUGCUGGAGAUUUGUAUUUAUUCAUUGUGUUAAUGUACAAUGAAGUCAUUCAAUCCCAGAAAAUAAAAACACAAAAGUUUUAUCCUACACAGUUUAAUUAAUAUACACAAUAUACAGUACUACGGAUGUGACGUCAGCGCAGGACGGUAAAUAUUCGCACUAAUUGAAAUAUAUACAAAAUGUACUGUGUUUGUAUGUGUCCGCAUUUAUAUACGAGUAAUAUUCCGUCCAUAUACGCCUACAUUGUUGUUUAAAAUGUGCCAAACAAUGUGAACAUGUGAUUGAAAAAUAAUAAAUGUGGAAGCUACA